UCCAAAGCGUCACGACGCGGCCUGGCGGUGGGCGGGGGCGAUGAUUUCUCAGGUGUUUAUUCUGUCGUCCCGCGGCGACCACCUCAUCUACAAAGACCUUCGUGGUGAGGAUCAGAAGGACGUCAUCGAUGUUUUCUACCAGAAGGUGACAUGUUUACCCAGAGACCAGGCCCCUGUUGUCAUGCAUCACCAAGGCCUACAGUACAUUCACCUCCGACAGAACACGCUCUACUUCGUGGCCACCACUCGCUCUAGCCCUUCUCCGUUCACCAUCAUCCAGUUCCUCAGCAGGUUCGUUGGUCUCAUCAAGGAUCACUGCGGGACUCUGAGUGAGAAAACGCUGCGGUUAAACUUCGCCCUGGUCUAUGAGAUGCUGGAUGAAAUGUUGGAUUAUGGAUACAUUCAAAGCACCUCCACUGACAUCUUGAAGAACUUUAUCCAGACCCAGCCGGUGAUAGCCAAACCCUUCAGUCUCUUUGAACUCAGUAACAUUGGACUGUUCGGAGCAGAUACUCAGCAGAGUAAAGUGGCGCCCAGCAAUGCAGCGAGCCGACCUGUGCUGGCCAUGAGUGAGCAGGGGUCGAAAACGGAAAUCUUUGUUGACGUCAUCGAGCGUCUGACGGUGGUGAUUGGAGCCAAUGGGAGUCUCCUAAAAGCACACGUCCAGGGAGAGGUGCGCCUGAAGUGCUUCCUGCCCAGCAGUACAGAGAUCAGGAUUGGGUUAAAUGAAGAGUUCAGUGUGGGGAAAGCCGAGAUCCGAGGGUACGGCACUGCUGUCAAGGUUGACGAGUGCAGCUUUCAUCAGUCGGUGAAACUUGAAGAGUUCGAGACUAACCAGAUCCUGAGAGUCGUCCCACCCCAGGGGGAGAUGACCCUGAUGCAGUACCAGCUGUCCGAUGACCUUCCUGCCUCCCUCCCAUUCCAACUUUUUCCCACUGUGGAUAGAGACAUGAACAGCAAGGUACUGACCGUGUUCCUGAAACUCCGCUCUGAUCUUCCCCCAAAAAGUCAGGCUCUGAACGUUACUGUGCAUCUUCCAGUGCCCAAGGGAACAGCAAGUCUCUCCCAGGAACUGAGCAGUCCUGAUCAGUCUGCUGAGCUGGAUGUUAACACUAGGUCUGUGCACUGGCAGAUCCCCACCUUUCCUGGAGGCUCACAGUUCACUGCACUGUUCAAGCUAGAGGUCCCUGGACUGAGUGCCUCAUCGUUGCUGGAGCUUGGUCCCGUCUGCAUGCAGUUUGAGCUGCCCAUGACCACCUGCUCAGGGCUACAGGUCCGAUUCUUGCGUGUGACUGCCUCGCAGGCUCCGCUACCUCAUCGCUGGGUCCGCUACGUCACACACAGCAACUCCUAUGUUAUCCGCAUUUGAAGUACUAAUGUACUGAUGAGAAUAGGUUUGCGGAGGGGUGCAACUACCCAGGGAUGCCCAAGAAUUGAGCCCCAUCAAUGUAAGGAGGCCACUUAAUCAGGUUAUUGGGGCAGUGAAAAUUACCUGGGUAGUGAUCACAGAGUCAUCCUGAUGAGUUACUGGGACAGAGGCAAUGAUUCCAUCAUUGCUAUGCUUUCAGAACAAAUGUACAUUUGAUGUAAAUAAGAAUCUUUGAGUGUGUGCUUUUAGUAUAAUUUAUGGAGGAUGGAAACUGGAGUCCAAUCAAGAUGGCAUUGAAGCAUGUGCGAUGUCACAGGCAUAAGGAUCUCUGCAACAGAUCAGGAGAGGAAGGGAAGUGUUAGAGGGGUAGCUGUGAUCGGGAAGAAAUGUAUUUGUGAGCUGGUGAGUUUAUAAGGAGUGGUUUGAGGGAGGAACGUGACAUCUUAGGGAUUGGCAGAUAAGACAAUAAAUAUUGAAGCAAUUAAAGUUACAGAUGUGCAAGAGGCCAGAAAUGAAAAUGAAGAGUGACCUUACAAUUGUACGGCAAAGAAGAGUUACAGAAGGAAUGAAGGGAAAGGACAUGGAGGGGUUUUCAAACAAGGGUCAGAACUGAGCUGUUCCUUAACUGCAGCAAAUAUCACUCAGCAAGCACGUUUGAGUUGGAUGAUCAUGUACAGGUGGCAGAGGGGGUUGGAUGAGCAUGGGGCAGGGGAAAGCGGUUAGAGAGAAGAUCGUUGAGAUUUGGAAUGAUCAAAUUUAAGAGUGACCAUGUUACAGGUAAAGGUUUGAGCAGCUGAAGAGGGGCAGUAACAGGUUAGGUGUAUGUUCUGAAAGUUCAACUUGGUGUCAGAAUGAAACAGAACCAAAACUUUGAACAAAAAGGAAAACCUUAACUAAUUAAGCUGAUGAUGUUUAAUUAAAACUAAUCCUUUCGUUCUGCACAUGGUCUACAUGCUGAUUCUUUGCUUGGCAGUGCAGUUUUGACACCAACCACUAUAUAAAACAAAAACUGGUCCACGCAUUGUCUUUGAACCUAUCCCUCUCAUUGUGUGUCCUCUAGUAUUAGACAUUUCGACCCUGGGAAAAAGAUACCACAAGUCUAUCGAUACCUCGCAGGUUUAUAGACUUCUCAGUUCUCCCCUCGUCUAUAUUUUUGUCCAACCUUUCCUUGUAGCAGAUAUCCUGUAAUCCUGUUAAACUUCUGCACCCUGACCAAAGUCUCCACAUCUUUUCUGUAACAGGUUGACCACAAUGUAGAGUAACCAGAAUUUUACAAAGCUGCAACAUAACUUAUUGACUCUUGUACUCAGU